AUGACCUCAUCGUCAUCAACUCGCUCAACAUUUUCCGGACUUUCGGAAGGCUGUUUGAGUGAGGCAGGUUCUAGUGGAUUACAGAAUCAAAGUGCCACGGAAGAAUCACAAGAAGAUUGUCCAAAAUGCUUGGCAAUGAGAUUAAAUACCGUUAUUGCUGAGGAAGCUUUAGCUUCCUUAAGUGGGCAGUUUAAAAAUCUUCAGAAAGAACUAAAAAAAACAGAACAGGUAUCCAAAAUAAACGAAGAGCAGGCGAAAUAUAUUGAUGAGAGGCGUUCAAAGCUAGAAAAGUUAGAAGCGGAACACACAUCACUGUAUGCGGAAUAUGAGAAUUUACGGAUCAGUCAUGACAGUCUAAAAAGGCAGUAUGAUGAAGUGGUUGCCACAGCGCGGAGGAAUCAGCGUUUAAUCGAAGAAUCGGUGAAAUAUCAUGAAACUUGCAAAGUUGCUAUGGAGAAUCUCAUGGCUGAAAAGGAAGCACGUCAAGAGCUGCUUGCAAAGUAUUUAAAAAGUGUCGAAGCCGCGUCAAAAAUAAAUGAUUCAAUGAAACAACUGGAAAAGAAAUGUGUUCAACUACAAGCAGUGAAUGAAAAAUUAGAGCCGUUCAAAUAUCAUUGUCCAGUAGUGCUUCGGCUUCUUCUCGAGUUUGGUGAAAUUAUUGAAAAUAAUGGUUUAAUGACAAAAUCACUACAAAAGCGUCUUGCGCGAUAUAAGGAUAGAGAUGAUUUACGUGAAUAUUUACUUAGAAAGACGAGAAGAUUGACGAAUUUAAGUGAAUCAAGUACAAGAACAAUCGAAGAAAGUAGUGAUGAUGAUGAAUUAGCAAAGGGCGUGGAAAAUUUACUGUUGACGAUUGGUAGUCCACCUCGUCUGAGAUCGCCAAAAAAAUCAGCUAAGGAUGAAAUAAGAAAUGUUGAGAAAAGUAAUGGUCAUUUAACAAACUCAGUGGAAGCAUUGAAUAUUAAAACUGCUGAGAAAGGAAAUUUUUCGAAGAAGCAGUUAGCAAGUGCUGAAACUCUACACACGUCUCUUCCGAGGAUUCAAUCUAAUUCAGAUUUACAUGUGAAAAAGAUGCAAACAUAUAACAAGCAACUGGAAUUAAUUGAAAAGCGGAAAAAGCAAACAUUAUAUACGGAUAUGGAAGAGAAAAAAGUUAUACCUGACGAUUUUAUAAACGUAUGUAUUCCAAGCACUUCAUCUCCAACAAAGACAAACGAGGAACUAGCCGAAAAAGAUAUGCAGCGAGAUGAAUAUGGGUUGCAAAAGAAUAUUCUUCAAGAUAUUUAUGAGAAUAAUUUGAAAUCUGCAAAAGAACAGACAAGCAAAAAUGCUUCAGAAAUGGAGACCUCGGAUCAAAGCAAAGGAGAAAAACAAGUCUCUGAAAAUGCUGAACGGCUUUCCACAUGGCUUAGUUUUGCGCAUUUGGAUCCUCUGCUUCCGGAACUAAGCAGACCAACGUUUUUGGAUGCUGGAACUUCUGAGUUAUCAGGUCAACGGAGUUCGGAUGAUUAUAUGGAUAAUUUGUUUGGACCAUUGUCUCCUAGUAUAUCAAGCAGACGAACAUCAGCGAGUUCAAUUGAAGGUUGCAUUACCCCAAAAAAGAAGAUGAAGUCAAGAUCCGAAAUAACCAGCACAGCUGAUGCAAUAUUAACAACGGCACAAACCUGCUUUUCAGCUGAACCUGUUGCGGGAAGUUCCACAUAUUCCUCUAUAACAGCUAGUAUGGUGCUCGCAUCUGGAACAUCCGAAGAUUCUGGUUCAUUGUGUUGUGUACCUGUAUCCACUACGGAAACUGUUACAGUCAUUCAUGAUGAUCAGGCCGAUAGUGAAUCCUUACAAAAUCUCAGAGUCUUAGAUGAAAUCAAAAAAACACUCUCCGCGGAAGUCCAUGUAUCGACCGUUAGAAAAACGUCAAAACCUACUAUUACUGCUAUUGAUUCAAAGUGUGCUAUGUUAUUAAGGUCACAGAGAAAACGCAAUGGAGCUGAUAUCCAAAAUGAAGAUGAACAUUUAGGAAUUGAAGAUGGCUCUUCGCAAUUGUCAAAAACAAUUACCGCAAAAUGUACUGAUACCAAAGAAGACCAGUUAGAGAAAAAACAAGGUUCCAUGACACAGUUGUCAAGAAGUGAGGAAAUGAUCUCAGAAAGAGAAAUAUUCAGUAGGAAAAGUUGCUUAGAAGAGGAACAGAAUUUCGCAAGACUACCAGAAGAUAUAGUGAAAAAUGUUCUAGAAAUGUCUAGAGACAAAAGCGCUGAGUUAAAAACUAUCCAAAAUGAUCAGAAAUUCGAAGAGUGCAUUGAUAAUCCUAUGUUACAAGAACGAUCAUUGCGACGCUCACCUAGAAAACAAGUACGAAUUGAUUCUUGGUCCUCCAGAGAUAGCGAGGAAUUGGUGAUUGACGUUAAGGAAUUCAUCAGUAUUCAAAAUGAAAUAGGAAAAGAAGUAUUGAAGCAAGAAGAAAAUGUGAAUAUAAAAUCAGGCGAAGAUGCAGGAAAUGAGAUUCUAAAUGAUAACAGUAUAGCAUCACAGAGAGUAUCGGGAAAAGAGACUUCUGAUUUGGCAAUCUUGUGGACAAGGUUAGGUGAAAAGAAGUCAUCAAAAAAUGGAGAUAAUUCGAAGAAGCAUGAAAUUCCAAGCACUACAGAGUCAGGAAACCAAGUUGCUAAGGGAAAGCAUAAUGACUUUCGACCAAUAACAACACGGAUACAGAGGAAAGUAACACUGAAAAAUGGGUUCGAGAAUUCUGAGAUUACAGUCCAGUCUUUAUCAGAGAAUGUUCAAAUUGGGGAAUCCAAAAAAUUAGGCAUUUCGCGGAACAGUAAACAAAUGACAAAUAAGGCAAGAAAACGGAAAUUGGCCGAGGAAGAAGAUAGCAACGCAGAAGACAAGUGGGAAGAUGCCAAUCAAACUACGGAAUCUUGGCAAAAAUCAAAAAUGAUUGAGACUCUUUAUGGGAAGGAGCCAGUGAGCGAAAACAGUGAGAAGGUGAACAAAUCUAUGACAUCCACUAUCAAAGAACAUGGAAUAGAAUUAAGCAAUCUCAAUAAUGAUGACGAUAAUCGAUUGGAAAUUGUUACAGAUGAUGUUGGAGUUUCAUCUAUCAAAAUGGAAAAUGCAUUAGGGUCAGAGAAAAUUAAGACAACAAAAGUAACGACCAAGAAAUCGAUCAAUACCGUGAGGUCAGAAAUGUACAAGAAGAUGCAUAGACGGCUUACAAUGCAGACAUUAUGCAUGAAGGAACUUGGAAGACUUCAAAUACGUAAACCCACGAAAAAGAAGAUGAUUUCCCCAUUAUCAACGAUAAAAAAAGUGGAGCUGCCAAACAUUACACGACGGAAAAGAACAGCAAUAAUGCUUCCUAUUGAAAAAGAUGGAUUGAAGAAAGCCAAAAAUGUAGCUGCGAUUCAACAUGGAGAAGUACGAGUGGGCAAAAGUUCGACAAAAAUUCUAGUUGGGAGUGAUGAGGCUGCUGUGAUGUGUCUGUUUGAUCAGGCACUUUCAGAAAACAACUACAAUGACAAGUUACUUGAAAUAAUCCAGAAGUUCCAGACACCAGUUAUUUCAUCAAUAUCUUGCGAAAAAUUAGCUGAAUACUCUGUGAAGUUUAUAAACAAACUUGAUGUUGGCAAUAUGUGGCACAGUGUCGUGCUUGCAGUUCGUUAUUGGUCGGGUAAACAAAGGGACCGGUGUACAAGUGGUAGAAUCCUGGAACUUCAUCAAGUAGCAUCAUCAAAAGAGCGAAAUUUUAUCGAAGUAUUGCAUCAAUUGAGUGGUGAAGAGCACUGGAGUGAUAUUGUUUCGUUCUUUCUUAGGAAGAUGAUAACAUCAUUGAUGAAAACGCGUCCUGUUUCCGUUGCACAGCAUGGCCUCAAUGUUCGAUGUGUCCUCCUGUGUACUCGAAUACUGCUGCAAGAUGGCUCAAACAAUGAAGUGUUCGAAAAGGUGGAAAACUUAUUGCAACGCUUAAUAGAACGGGAUUCAUCUGAUAGAGUUGUACCGAUGAUGUGUUAUUCGGUUGCAAUUGUUCCCGAAAUUGUUGAUAAACUACUAUUUGAAAAGAAUGAGCAGUAUGAGCCCGUGCGUCGUGUGAUGUCUGUACAUCUUGCUUCAAGAGAUGAGCUUUUAACAAUAUUCAAUAAAGUCAUUAUGUCACGUCUUCUCAAGAAUAGUACGCAUAGCGACACAUGUUUGCAAAAACUUGAUACUGAUAGUUUCCAUCGUUGGUUUGCUGAAUCUAUCAAUAUGGUUGUAACGGACAUACAUGGCCUGGAUUUGGAAACUAUGGAGUUGAGCCCCAGAAUUUCAUCAGCAGUAAUGACGUGUUAUGCAUUAUUCAGUCUAGCUACAGAUCGCUUAAUUCCUGAUAAGGAGGCUGUAGUAUUUCCAGUUCUAAAUGAAUGUAUCCAGAUAAUAUCGGGUUACUUUGAAAGUGAAAAAGAGGGAAGAAAUAAGAUGUCUAGCGAUUCAGCGGGACUACAUUCGCUGCCGGAUUAUAUGUUUGUAAAGACAAUGUUACGUCUUUUACUCUUUGGACGCCUGAUAACAUCAUUUGUUAAAAGCACAGAGUGCUGCAUAUUUCCACGAAUAGCAAAUUUGGUUGAAGAAAUUUAUAAAUUACGAGAGUUCGCAAAACGAAAAUUGGAGCAG